AUGGCCGCAAGGGGUGCAGGGCGUGGUGCAGCCCUCCGAUUCUUUGGUGCCCUGGAGGACCGGGGGCUGCCCAGUGCUCUCUGCAGCACGGCGGGGCAAGAGGACGCACCCGCUUGGGCACAGCCUGUACCGGCACGGCUGCCACACCGUGUCCCACAGCCGCGGCGGCUGCCUGAGGCCAGCCUGGCACCGUGCCCGUGCCAUGGAGCCAGCUCGACCCUGUGGGGCCCCAAGCCCUCCGCAGGGGUGGCGGGACACGGAGCCCUCCGCGGCCGGUGCGGGAGCAGCAGGCCCCACCCAGGGCGGCUGCUGACGCCACGCAGGGAGCCGGGUGUCCGGGAUCGGAGCAGGAAGCGGGAGCCGCCGGCGGCGGUGGGGCCCGUGGAGUCGGGAGAGGGCUGCCGGGGAGCAGCCGGCGUGGGGCCGGGGCACCCCGAGGCCCCGGCCCCACCAUGCACGCACUGGGGCAGCUCCUGCUGGUGCUGGUGGCGGGGUCGGCGGGUGGCCGUGGGGACCCCCGCGACACCCUGGCCUGCUCCCAGGUGGGUUGGUGUCCAUAGCGCGCCGGCAUCGGGCACCUGGCACCACCGCCGGCCUCACCCCUGCCUCCCCCAGGGCCUCACCUGCCGCCUCUUGGACACCGAUGUGCUGUGCGGGACAGAGCCCCCGGGACCCCGGCAGGAGCUGGCCCUGGCCCGUCUGCGGCUGGAGCCGGCGCUGCGCUGCACCGAGCCCACGGCCUGUGCGCCCUGCCUGGAGGCACGGGUGCGCCUGGCCUUGGCACCGGCCACCGGCACCGCCGCCGAGUCCCCCCUCUCCGCGCAGCCGGGCACCGCUGGGUCAGAGGACAGCAGUGAUGGGGGACAGCGGUCACCAGCGACUGGGGCCACCCCGUCCCAGCCCAACGUUACUGGGCUGCUGCUGCUCGCUGGGCACACGUUUGCCUCAUCUCGCUGCGUGGCCGUGGAGGUCUGGGCACCCUUGGGGCCCGCACUGCGCGGCCGAACCGUGGGCUGGGUGAUCUUCCGGUGCUUCGAGGCGCCGCUGGGCUCCGAACUGCACAUCUCAGCAUACAUGAACUCACGGGGCCGGCAGAGGCUGAGCCAGCAGCAGCGGGUGCCAGACUGUUCGUGGCCCGCAGCACAGGAUGCUGUCCCACAGUGCCAAGUGCCCAGGCUGCGGGUCUCCCCGGGGCAGAAGGAGGUGGUUGUGGAGGUGGAGGGGGCAGCAGUAGGGCACAGCUACACACUCCGGCUCUACCACAACCAUAGCCAUGGCACCAGUGGGCCAGGGCGUGUGGUGACCAUGCAGAGCAGUCCCAUGAGCUAUGUCCUGCCCGCCGAUGAGGUGCUGCCCUGCCUCUGCCUGCAGGUCUGGCCGGAAACCCAGGACCCACUGCGGGCCACCCUGUGCCCCUUCUCUCAUGAUGCCGAGGCCUGGGAGCGACUGUGGGCGCGGAGCCGGCUGGUCCUGCACAUCGAGGGGCACGUGCUGACCUGCUCCCUCUCAGCCCCCUGCGACCUCCUGGCCGAGCUGGUGCCCUGCUGGCAGCCAGUACCCUCCAGGCCCUGCCAACCCCUGCCUGGCCUGCAGCAGCCUGCCGGGGGGAAGGGACCCCAGGAGUUCGGAGGGCUGCGGCCACACCCCAACCUCUGCGUGCAGGUGUGGAGUGGUGGGCAGGUCCGGCUGACCCAGUGCCUGCGGGACCGAGCGCUGCCCGGCCGCCCCGAUGACCUCCUGCUGCUGCAGCGUGGGGGGAAUGCCUCACUGUGUGCCAUGGAGAGGGGUGCCUGCACACCCCUGGCCAGCUUCACCAGCAGGGGAGCAGGGCACCCUGGGCUGCUGGAGCAGGAUCUGCAGCAGGAUGUGGCAGGGGGGCAGUGCCAGCAGCUGUGGCACCCAUUGAACAGAACUGGGGUUACACUCUGGGCCUGUCCCCUGCACAAGUACCUGCGUACCCACUGGGCCCUGGUGUGGAUGGGGGUGCUGCUGGGAGCUGCCUGUCUCCUGCUGCUGCUCUUGAUGAAGAAGGAGGACAUGAAAGGAUGGCUGAAAUCCCUGAGGGCUGGCUAUGGCUCCAGUGGUCCGCUGCAGGGCCGGCGGGCCCUGCUGGUGCACGCAGCAGAGCCGGUGGCGGAGCGGGCAGCGUGUGCCUUGAUGGCAGCUCUGCACUCCCUGGGGCUGGCGGUGGUGGCGGCGCCGGGAGGUGGCAGCGGGGUGGCAGCUCUGGGGCCGCUGCCCUGGCUGCACGCCCAGCACCACCGGGCGCUGCGUGACAGCGACACCAUCAUCCUCCUCCUCUCUCCGGCAGCCGUGGCUGCUGCACAGCAGUGGGACGCCGGGGCCAGGGUUGUGCCGGAGUCCGGGGCCGCUGAAAGCAGCCUCGGGCCCCGGCACAGCCCUGACCCUGGCGAUGUCCCCGCUGUGGCACCCUGCGAGGUGUUUGCGGCGGCUCUGUCCUGCGCCAUGCCGGUGUUGGCGGUGGCCCAGGGGCACUACGUGGUGGCCCGGCUGGAGGCCCUGGUGCCGGCAGUGCCCCCAGCGCUGCGGGCAGCCCCUGCCUUCGCCCUGCCCGCCGACAUGGAGCGGUUCUUGCAGGCGCUGGCGGGCCCAGCUCGGCACAGGGGCCGGUGUCUGGAGCCACACGUGGCGGCCGUGGCCGAGGCUCUGCAGCGGGCGGUAGGAGAAUAA